GAGGGAAAAAAGUAGCGUUUCAUAUCAACAACUUUCUUCUUUGUCUAUUUAUUUUUUGUUUUUACAUUUACACAUUUGUAUUACUUGGACGGGGUUAUUCUCGCUUUUGCGAUGAUAUAAUAGUGUUUUUGAGCCAUAGUCCUACUUCCGGUAAAGCUUUAAACAUUUCCCGGGCUAUUUUUUGAGACUUUUCUUAAACUUUUCGAUGGUACGGACAUCAAAAAGACGCCAUCCGCCAUCUCGUCCCAACAAGGAAAAUCACAUCUUAUUUGAGUUCCAAACAUAUUUUUUAUGAACCGGAGAUGUAUUAUUACCGCUAUGGCAACGCUGAAGUCAACUGCUGCUACAAGUACAUCAUGUUCACUUACAACAUCAUCUUCUGGCUCGCUGGAGUGCUCCUCAUCGCAGCCAGCUUUUGGGCGUGGAGUGAGAAGGGAGUCUUUCAGGAUCUGAGUCUGGUGACCCAGCGGCGCGGUUUUGACCCGGUCUGGUUGGUGCUGCUGGUGGGCGGAGUUACUUUUACCCUGGGCUUUGCAGGCUGCGUGGGAGCUCUGAGGGAAAACAUCUGCUUGCUGAAGUUUUUUUCCAGCUUGAUUGCCUUCAUACUCUUGGUGGAGCUGGGGGUCGCCGUGCUGGCGGUGCUUUUUCAGAGUCAGAUGCGAGAAUGGCUCAGCGAGUUCUUCCUGACAAACAUCAAAGCGUAUGAGGAGGACGACGACCUGAGGAACCUGAUUGAUACGCUGCAGCAGAUGAGAUACUGCUGUGGUGCUAAAGGACCCAAAGACUGGGACCAGAAUCCUUACUAUGGCUGUGACAAACCUUCUCUCAAAUGUGGCGUGCCGUUCUCCUGCUGCAUCGUUGACCCUGCGGAAUCUGUGGUGAACACCCAAUGUGGCUACGGCGUGAGAAAACUAGAGACCCAGUGGGAGGAGGUCAUUUACACGAAAGGUUGCAUCGAAGCGCUGGAGGACUGGUUACCUGGAAAUCUUUACACUGUUGCCGGUGUCUUCCUCAUCAUCUCUCUGCUGCAGAUGGUGGGCAUCUACCUGGCCAAGGCGCUCAUCUCUGACAUUGAGAAGGUCACACUGACCCAUUGAGCCUGGCGGGGUGCGAAGGAAUCAGCUGUCUUGUUCUUGGGAGUCACCCUAGGAUUCUCUCCGCUUUGUGUUGAUACGAUCGCUAUGGUGAUGAGGAGCAUGGCGUUCACCACACUGGGGUUGCCUUAGCUCUGUAGCGCCUCCUUAACUGCUGACGUUUGAAGCCUUUUUGAUAUUUUUUGUAAUAUCCCUUCUUUGUCCAAAAAUGUUGCUGUCACAGUCUAACUUGUGUGACCACGUGAUGUCACUUAGCUUUUAAAUAAAGACAGCCAGGGAGUGGAGGGGGGUCAUUUGACCCAUCCUUUAGUUGUUCUUACACUGGAUUCCUUAAGUCGUCAGUGAGCGUUGAAUAAAGUGACAGUAUGUAUUAAAUUAAAGCAAACUUUUUUUUUUUUUAUAUUCACAAUGUAUUCUGGUUGCUUAUUAAAGUCUUUUUG